AAUUACAUCUACAACAGAAAAUUAUGAGAGUGUUUGGUUCAUCGUUGAAGCUUCAAUUCAUUCUCAAUCCAUAAGUUGAUGUCACUUUAAAUGACAGUUGUGAUCAAAGUUCAUUGGAGUCUUCGUCGUCUGAAGUUCGUAUCAAUUUGAAGCGGAAUUUGAGCUAUAUAACAUAUCCGAUGGCAAAUAUGGAUGUCGAGGUUGGAGGCAGAAGCGGACCUAGAAACAAAACGAAAUGGUGGCACCCCAACACACAACAAAACAAUAGUAACAUUCCGGACAACGUUCAAAUUCUUCUUGAUCGUAAAGAAAUGGGACAGAAUCUUUCUAAUCAAGUUCCACCAUCUAUUUACAAGGUUCCUAGUAGUGUCCGAAAUCCAGAGCCAGAUUAUUUCAAACCUCAGGUCGUCUCUAUUGGACCUCUCCAUAGAGAAGAUAAAACAUUGCAAGAAUUCGAAGAGAAGAAAACGAUUUAUCUGCAUCAUCUAUUACAACAUUUAAAUACUUCACCACGGCAUACACUGGAUACAUGUUUGCAGUGGGUGAAUGCUUCAAUACCCAGAAUCAGGGAAUGUUAUGGUGGGAUGAUCACCUACACAGACGUCGAACUUGCACAAAUGAUGGUAAUGGAUGCUUGCUUCAUACUCAGUUUCCUUUUCCUAUCAGACGAACGUCAGCGUUUCACUUCUAGAAAUGCUAUCCUCACACAUUCUAUUUUCAGUGACCUGGUGUUGUUAGAAAAUCAGAUCCCUUUCUUUGUUCUUCAAGGUAUCUUCAACCACACGCUUUCGAAUUUACAAACAGACUCGCUUACUUCUGGUGUCCUUCGGCAUUUACAAUUUCUUAUCCCCUUCAAAGGAAUCAAUUAUAAUGAUGUUACAAGUACAACCCAGCCUCAUCAUAUUCUUGGGCUUCUGCAAAAAUAUUUCCAUCCAAGAGAUACUAAUAUCCUAUCAACCCGUUCACCGCUAGAAAUGCCCAACYGUCCAACAUUAAAAAUGCUUAACCACUCUGCUCUAGAUCUGGACAAGGCCGGGGUGAAAUUUAAGCCUAAUAAAGAUGCAAAUUGGAUAUUGGCCAUAAGUUUUAGCUCGUCUCGAUUUGAAUGUUUUAGGWRGUGUUGGGGAAACCGUACUCUUAGAAUGCCCGCACUGUGUGUUGAUGAUAACACUGAGCUAUUUUUGAGGAACAUAAUUGCAUACGAACAGUGCACUCCGGAAGUUCCUGAUUACGUUACAUCAUAUGUUUCUGCCAUAGAUAUGCUACUCGAUACCAAGGAGGAUCUUUCCAAGUUGGUAAAAUCAAAAGUCCUUAGCAACAAUUUAGGUUCAAACAAAGAUGCUACCAAGAUGCUUAACAGCAUAUCUAAACAAUUUGUCUUCGAGGAGUUCUAUUACAUGGAUCAGUGGGAAAGACUAAAUCAUUAUUACGAAGGUUACUGGCCCAGAAAUAUUGCAUGGUUGAAGCGUAAAUAUUUCAGUAGUCCAUGGAAUAUCAUUGCUCUACUAGCUGCUAUCAUCCUGUUCUCUCUUGCCAUAGUUCAGGUCGUCUUAAGAAUAAUUAAGUAGAUUCUCAUUGUUUCUUUUGUCUUCCUUCUUUCUACACUUUUGCGAAUUAUGUAUUAUAUGGUAUUUUUUUCACUUUCUCUUACAAAGUCAUCAUGUCCUACAACUGCUGGUUUCAGUGUUAAGCUUGAUUUAUGUCGGUGCAACCAUACCAAUA